AUGCAAGGAGAUCUAAUAUCAUACCCAACUUUAAAGGAUGAACAACACACAAUCCCGUUGUCUUUAAAGGGUUUGAGAGGCAAUGUAAUAUCAUCAAUCACAACUUCUUCCGAAAAAACAUCUAAUGUCCUCCUUCACCAAACUGAAGUAUGCCUAGAAUAUGCUAGUGCAAUUAUAAAUCAUAUCCCGGAUGAUCCUAACCUCAUUCCAUCUCUUUCUUCUGAAUUAUCAAUAACCAUUUUAAAUUGUUCCAUGUUUUAUUCUGAAAUGGCAAUAGCAUUAUUAAAGAGAGCAUAUUCAAGUAAUGACUCUAAAAGUAAAUUAUGGUCGAUUGCGGGAGAACAGGUAAAAAAGGGGCUUGGGCUUCUUCAAUUUCUUAAUAUGUAUCUUUUAAACAAUAGUAUCUCAACAGAAUUUACUAGUAUAAUAAACGAUCGUAUUGAAGAAUAUCAAAUACUAUAUCAAAUGAGCAUCAUCGUUCUUUCGUUUUUGAAAUUAAAACAGGUAAUAUCUAACCCGGAAACAACUAAACUAGACCUUCAAACUAAUGAUAUGGCAUCUACUGCAUCACUAUGCCUGUUCAAUGCAAAAUUAUGCAUGGGUUGUUAUAACAAUGCCCAUGGUCUAAAAACUAGUAGUUUGGUUAACAAGCAAUUGCUAUCAUAUUUAGAAGGAUCUAUUUUCCUACUACUAUCUAUUGAUAAUUUUAAUAAAAAUGAAACAGGUAUUUCAAUUGGAAUGUUAGAGGAAGCGAUAAAUGAUUUUUCAAAUAUAGUACCUCGAGAGCAAAUUACUAAGACAAGCUUAGACAAGAAUUCUUCACCUAAGCUAAGCAAAACAGGACUUCUCAAAAGGAAAGACCUACUGAAAAAUAAACUACAACACAAUAUCCUCACGACUAAGAAUGGAGUACAAAAAAUGCAACAUGGUAAUAAUAAAUUCCAGCUUAUUCCUACACUGUUAGAUGUGUUAAACGAUUUUUUAAUUCCAUUGGUUGUUUUACUAAGAUAUGUUUACCAAAGAACCAAUGAUAAAUUGUCAUUCAAACCUAUCGAAAGAAACAUAGAAUUAUUGAAAUCAACAUUUCCAAUUGGAAAAAGUCCAAAAAUGGAUGGAAUAAUCUGGAUUUUUGAAAAUAAUAAGUUGACCACAAAUUCAGAAAAUAUUUAUAAAGAAUCACAAAACUAUUUUUGA